AUGGCCUCUGACUUGGAUCUAGAUGAUAAAAGAGUUGAAUUUGUCGCGGAUUAUGUUUUAAAAUCCAAUAAAAUAAAGGGUGAUAAAUGGAUGAAGCUAUGGAACAAUGAAGAAGCGAAGCAAAUAAUAUUCAAUUUCUUUGACAAGCCAGAUAUAUCACAAUUGUUUAUCGUAAUGAACGCAGCUGGAUUGUUGCAAGCGCAACUGGAAUGUCCUUCUGGGGUCAAAUCCAAAUCCUGUUUCUUUAUGAAGAAAGAAAAAUGCAUGAUCAAAAAGGAUUCUCCUGUGAAUAAGCUUCUUAUUUAUGGAGAUCUCCCACAAAACCCUUUGGAACAUUUUUCAGCUUUUGUUGAUGAGGUGCUUCUGCCUUUGGUUUCCAACAAAAGGAAUUACGUUUCUUGGCCAGACGUUGUUUACGAAGAUGUCGUGAAACACGCACACGGGCUGAAACGGCAAACCGAUAUUAUUGUGGGACAGGCAAAAGGAAAAACCCUUCUUCCUCUUUUAGUUGAUUCUGAGAAAACAAAGGAUCAUGUUAAAGAAGGGAAAAUAACUCGCUCUUUGGUCUAUGCAAUCGAAUCUCUGGUCAUUGCCUGGUCGCAUCAAAUUCAUAAAGCUUUGCUCAAGGACUCGGCCCAACCCCUUUUAAAUGGACUCAACCCGAAUCCGCUGGUCGAAUUGGACUUUUGGAAAGCAAAAGCAACCAAUUUGGAGAAUAUCUAUGAUCAGCUCAAUGCUCCAAAAGCGCGUCAAAUGGCACAAAUAUUGGAGAGCGCUAACAGUAGCUAUUUUGUUCCGUUCAAAGAAAUGUUCAAGUCGGUUGUUGUUGCUUUACGUGAGGCACAAGAUAUUCAUAAUCAUUUGGCCAUUUUGCGCCCCUAUUUGGAGGAUAUGGAACAGGCUGAAUUGGAACAACUACGAACACAUUUUGAACCGGUGAUGCAUUUGUUAUGCUUGAUUUGGGCCGACUCUCCCGGUUAUCGACAACCCGGACGUAUACUGAUCAUUUUACAAGAAUUGUGCAACUUAAUUAUUGACCAGUGUCGCGUAUAUCUGGAUCCGACGGAUGUGUUAAAAGCCGAACCGGAGGAAGCAAUUAACAAGGUGAAUUUGACACUCAGUGUGCUGCACGCGUUCAAAACGUGCUAUGAGGAGCAUCGAGCCAAGUUGCAUGAAUAUUUUGCCAAGGUGAAGGACGAGAGUGGUCAACCGAUCGAGCCGGUCCUGUGGGAAUUCAAGACGGAAUUGGCUUUCGGCCGGUAUGAUGCUUUCACCGAACGUGUACAAUUUGUUCAGCAUCUGAUGAACACAUCGUUGGAAUUUUUGAAAUUGGAAAAAGUGGUUUUCGGUGGCCUGGUCGGAAAUUCGCUGAAUAUUCGAUUGAAAGAAAUCAAUGAAUCAUAUGUGGAAAAGUACAAGUCGAAUCUUCCUGGAGCACACGCUGAUGGCUUAUGUGAUAUAAUCUUCAAUGGACUUAAUAAUCCGAAUCCUAGUACAGGUGGUACGAAUCUGAAACGAUCGGGACACAUCGACCUUACGACUCGUGCAAAGCAGAAGACGGAAGAUUGA